GUGUCACAUGACCAUUUGUGUGUUAUUGGCAAACGAUCAGCUUCUGGAUUGCAGAAAUAAUGUUCAGUGCAAUAUAUUCAUGCAUUUAGGACAUAAUUACUAUAAUAUGGAUAUUUUGUGAUUGGAUAUCAACGAGAAAGAAUUGCGGAGUUGAAAAACAUCUUGUAACAAAAUUGGACGGAUGGUAGGCAGACCAAAAAUGAUCGUUUCAUGUUGCCGCACACCGAACAGCUGGAUGUAAAUAAAGCAUUCGUGUUUUGUGCAUCGCGAAUGGACAUUUCAGAGGAAAAUAUUGAUAUGAAUCUAAGGUUUGAUCGUGGAUAAAAGCAUCCAUCCCUAUGCCUCUUGGCAGACGACGUAAAAGUACACAGGGGGAUGCAAAUUCGAAAGAAUGCACAGAAAAUCGAAUGACUAUUGACCCCAGGGAUGCUGUGACAGAAGAAAAAAUCACGAAGGGAGGUAAAAAGUGCACUGAAGGAUCCGAGAAACCGGAAAAUACAGCAGGACCGAGCGGAGGACAGAAUGGGAAGAAAGUUGCUAAACGGAGUGGUGCAGUAACAAGAUCGAAUUCAACAAGAUCGAGAAUAGUCAAAAGACCAAGAAGAGACCUAAGCCCACCAGAAUCCCCCGUGAAAAAGACGGUAAAGGAGGUCAAAAGCAGUACCCCAGAGACAAAGACAAAACGGCAGUGGGAGCUAUGGAGUACAGAGGACAAGGCAACAUUCUUUGAAGGAUUGUAUGAGCAUGGCAAAGAUUUUGAUGCAAUUCAAAAUGUGAUAGCUCAGAAAUGCAAGAAAAAGGGGGUGGCACCACAGCUUAUAAAGAACAAAGACCAGGUGCGCCACUUCUAUUACAGAACCUGGCACAAAAUAUCCAAGUUUGUCGACAUCGACAAAGAAACCAAAAAGGAGACCCAGGAGUUGUAUGGCCUGAUUAACUACGGCGUCUUGUGGAAGAAGCACAAAGCAGCAUUGAAUGAGAAGAAUGGUUUAAAGUUGGAUGAAUUAAUUCACACUGGGUCCACUACUAUAAAGAUCAAAGGAAAGAACUUCAGAAUCAAGACACCAACCUGUAAUGCUUUGAAGAAAAUUAAUAAUAUUGAUGAUCCCAAACCUGAGGAAGAGGCAGGCGUCCAGGUACCAGAGAGAAUUUACCUGGACAUCAACCCCAGAACAAAUGCAGCUUGGGCCUAUGUUCAGGAGAUGUCUCAAAACCCAAGGCUACGCAUGAUGUUGAAACCAGAGAAAAAACUCUCUUCAAUUAUCAAAUUCCUCAGUCAGAAAUGGAAACCACAUACUGUAAAACUUCGUGAGGACCUCGAGGGGGAAUGUCCACAGGACAAGGACCUGACUUUGUUUCCCCACCAGGAGUGUGAAGUGGCUCCUGUGUCACUCAAGGCCACAAAGGAGAGGAGGAUUCCCCUAGCCUUCAACAAUUACAAGGAAAACUUACUUAGUUCACCUUCAGUAACCAAAGGAAAGAAAGGAGACAUUAGUAAAAGUCAUACAGAGAACUCAUCAGAGCUGAAUGCUUUGUCUGUGAUAUUUGAAUCCCCGCGGUCAAGUAAAGGACAGGCGAAGGACUUGCCAGCUCAGGCAGCUGCCAGCUCCUUUGAUGUCAGUGCUAUGGUGAAUGAUGAAAAUGCAAUGUUUCCAGAUAAUAUGAUGUCAGGUGUGAAGAAAGUGUCAGAGACUGGUGCUGGAGAGGAGGCUAAGGGUAGUGUCUGUGAUACAAAAGGUGCAUCAGCAGGUUCGGCUGAGGACAAUAAUGCAGAGAAAGGCGUAGAGGCCGGGAGUAAUGGAGAAGUUCCUCCAGUUGUCAAUGAUAGCGGGGACAGUGAGAAAUCAAGUGAUGAAAAGGAAUACAUAGAAACAAAAAGAAUGAAGGAAAUUUUAGAGAAGGGUUGGAACAUGAAUAUGGCUGACAGUUUGACAGUUGCCGAGUUGUACCUAAUGUUUGGAAAGGACGGAAAGUUGCGUCUGGAGUAUGAGUGGUGUAUUACACCUGAUGACCAGUUGACUUCCAAACUGACCAAUAUGCUGAGGAGAUUAGUACACCUAGCCACCACUGAAUUCACAGACUUUUCUAAGACAUCCAACAAUUCCAGUUCACCAUGCCAGACCUGUGGGGCCAGUAAAGUCAAGAGUUCUGGUGGUCGUAAUGCUGGAGGAGGCAAGGGCCAAAAACCCUUAGGGAAAUACCCCCUUGUGUCCAAGAUGGGUGGAGAAGGAUUAGUGGAUGUUGGUACCCAAACAACAACCACGCUGCAAAACAAACAAAAUGAAAAUUCUAGUCAAGGCAGCAAAGAUGCUGUUUUCCGAGUGCCAGUUGCUGGUCCUUCCUUUCUACAGAAAAACACAAGGACAAGCGUCAAUCAAAUUUCAUUACACCAGAUGGAACUCUAUACGAACUCGCACAAGGGCCGGCGAGUACGCCCAGUCAAUAGGAAACCCAUGGUGGUCCAGAGAACAUUAUUGCCUAAGACCACACCAAGACAGAUGCUUACAUUUGUUCCCAUGCCAACCAGUUCUACUGCAACUGCUGUUCAGAGUCCUAACACAAUCAUAGGGCAGCCUAUGGGCAUACCAGUCAACAUACAGGCACCUGGUGUGCCUCCAGUUAAUAUGCCAAACACCCAAAUCAGUAACCAAAUACUACAAAGUGCUACAGUGUCUGGAGGAAGAAGUUCCAUUCCAUUAUCGACUGGUCUCCCUGCUACCAUUAUACCAGGAUCACCAGUGUCCUUACAGAACAAUAUAGUGAGUGCUAUGAGUGGGGUAGUAUCUGGGGCAUCAACACCUGUGUUUACAUCAAGUACGAUGAUCAAGGAGUCCAGCUCUACAACGUCCACAACAGCAGCCAACAUCAUACACCAUUCCAUCUCGCCACCAAGUAUUUCAUCACUGCUCGAUAUUUCAUUGUCCAACAUACCUACAGAUACUGACAACACUGAGAAACUCCUUGAUCUUGCAAUGGAAAACUCAAACAAUACAAACCAUUUUGAAGGUCUGCUCAGUGGCAGUAAUCAGAAGAAGUACCCCAGUAGUGCUCUAAACACACCAGUGAAAUCUUCAAACAUCAACCUAUCACCACCGCACAGUCCCAGUCGUUCGCUAUGGCCUAAUGAGGAUACUGGUGAUAUGCUGAUGACUCUGCUGGUGGAAUCUCCAUUAAAGAGAACAUCUGAUGUUGUAGCAAGUGCCAAUGUAUCAUCGCUGUCCAACCUCAUCAGCACCAACUUAUUCAAUGAGAAUUCCAGAGACUCUAUCAUGUGCCGCAGUGAUAUGGAUGCCUCCCUUCAGUGUAUGUUAAAUGAGAACAGUUUAGACUAUGUUGCCAAGUUUGCGGAACUGGCCAACCACAUUAAUCAGAAUGAAAACACGCAAGAAGCCCAACAAAAAGUGCCAAGCAAUUCAUUCAGCUACGAUGAUAUAGAGGAAAACAUUCUUUUAAAAAACAGUGCAGAGGACUCCAGACUAAGGGGAAAUGUGGCGCAGAGGUGAUGGAAGUAUGGAUACUGUCAAUGAGGAAUACAACAGAAACGAGAUGUGUGUUAGUAAAAACUAGUAGGAUGAGUAAGGGUAACUUUAAUAUGUCAAGUCUAAAAUGGAAGUUAUUAUGAUUCAGUGGCGUUCUUUAAAAAUGAUUGGGUUCAGAAUAAUGGUUAUUGAUAUGGCUAAAGUAGUUGGUGUAAUUGUUAACUGAAAAUGUUUCAUAAACUUAUAAAAGUGUAGCACAACUGUAUGACAUGAAAUGUUAAUGAGUACUUUGUGUUAUGGAGCUUUCAAAUUAUUUUUGGGUACAAACUUUCGUGGUUAGCCCCUGCAUUAAUGAUAUAACAAUUAUACAUUCAUGGUUCCGUAGUAACUACAAAAACAAUGACAGUUUAUACAGUGAGAGUUUGGUGUCAUUCUGUACACUAGUUUUCAGGCUUUCCUCUAUUAUAAUAAGAAGUUAAAACAGAUUCAGAUGUCAGAGUCCUAAUUAAAUAGACUAUUUGAAUAUUGUCUUAAAAGCAAUAAUUUUAUUUUUGUUCAUUCAUGUAAUGGUAUUUUAAAUUUGUUGUUUGAAAAGCUUUUUUUGGUUGAUACAGGAACAAGAGACAUUUUUUUCUUUAUCAAAAAUGAUAUUUAAAAAAAUACUAUUACAUUGUUGAUAGUGCAAAUUUGGAAAUGAAAAUAAUUUUAGAUAUUUUACCAUGAUCUAAAGAUGUAGAUAUGGUCAUUAGUAUAAAUUUAUAUGUUUAAAUAUGCAAUUUAAUUCUGUUAAUUAAAUAAAGUAUAGGUUGUAGACUUUAAGAUAAAUGUAGUUUCUGAUAUUUGAGUAAUAUGCAACAUAGAAUAUCAUUGGCAGUUUGCCAAUGUUUACUGCAUUAAGUAUAAACUCUGCUUUGAGUUAAAGAAAUAUUGACAUGAUCCAAUUAGUUUUAAUGAAAGCAGGACAGUCGUACAUGUUGUGAACACAUCAAUAAAAUACUAUGAUAGUUUUGCAUAAUUCUGAAUAAUAUUUUGCUAAACUACAAGAAACAAUGUAUGAGUUUUCACAAUUUUGUAUAUCAGAUUAUCGACAUCCUUGAAUGUCUGUACAGCACAGCGUAUUUUGCAGACAAUUUUUCUGGGCUGAAAUAUCAAAAGAUAUCCAAAAAAGAUAUAAAAAAAAAGUUGGUGUUUUUACAUCAAUGAACUUGGGUUUGCUAAUCUGGUAGAUUGACUGUUCACUAAAUCGUUAGAUUAUAAAUCAGAGAAACUAGUUUAUUAGUAUACCCAGAGUUCUAUUUGAAAUGCUCACUAGCUUACCAAUUAACUUUUCUUUUUUUUUCUUUAUCAAAGCCUUCAUUAACAAUAAUGAUUAAAUCUCACUACCAUGUUUGUCAGGACUUUUGUAGAAAUGGAAGUGAUACAUAAAACGAACCUACAACUUUUCUAGUUAAAUAUAUAUCUUCAGGUAGGACUCCAGAGAAAAAAUGAAUUCUAUGCAUAGUGGGUACUUAUGAAAAUGUGGCUUGUUAUAUAGUACUUUGAAUUGGGUCACUUCUUUUGGUGGUCCCUAUACGACAAACCUUGAGUCCUCACAUGAGGUAGAUAUUAUAACAGUAAACCUUGGUUCUCUAAUGAUUGACAGUACUGGGAGGAUAGAUUUCUGGGUAGAGUUUUGAGUUAUAUUGACCCCAGGAUGGGUAUACACAGACAGUCGUUCUGAGGGACUAUAGCAGGCACUGUUUGUGUUUCAGUCAGCAUUACUUACACAUUAUUUAAACUUAUGUUUUAAUUUAGUUUAAAUGUAUUUUAAUAACACUACUUCAUUACUGAUCUCCCCUGAAUAUCGCCAGCCAACUUAUUGUGGGCAGUAGAUAUGAAAUUGAUGAACAUGUAUUUAACAAGAUCAAUAACAAAUCAAUUGUAAUAUUUCAAUUUAAUAUUUUUGUGGUUGAACCUAAAGUAAAACUUACCUGUAUGAUUUUGUUAAAUGCAUGUGCUGAAAAUUGUUGAGAUUAGUGCCCAUAUGACUGGUAAUAAGCCCAUCCAACCCUUUUUUGGAUGUCGGCAGCAAUGCGUUGCAAUAUCCCUAGACAACUGCCUAUUUUGAGUAAAAGUUAUAGUGUUAGCCAUGUGGACUUUAUGACAAAUACGGUAUGGAUGUGUAAAUUGAAAUAAUAUAAUAAUUAUAACUUGUAUGAUGGUGCAUUGGUAGGUUGUUGUGACAUGUCUGGAGUUUUAGAAUUUUUGUCAGUAUGUGCAAUAAGUUUGAUUUUAUUACUCUAGCUGGGAGCUAGCAUGUUAGUGAUGUAUCCACCUCCAGUAUUAACGUUUACAAGGAUUUACAUAAUAAGAGUUCUCUGAUACAAAGGCUUAUCUUCAAGAAAGCAGAAAUAUUGAUUACAGAUAACAAAUUUUGGAGUUACACCCAAUGUUUAUAGAACGAGUAUUGUGAGGAUGGUACAAUGUAUUGAAAUAUACCUUGGCAACAUUUGAAAAUGCUUUAUUGACUUCCGAGUUAAAAUAUAAUCUGCAUUGUAUUAAAUCAUUAUUACUUACAAUAGGUUAUGUUUGUUGCUGUAAAUGAACCUGACAUGUAGACCUUGUAUCUGCCAAUAUACAGAGGUUUGAAUGCACUACCUAAUACAUUGUCAACACCCACACAAUGCAGGUUUACAUACAUUGUAUGAGGUGUCUAAUAAGAAAAUGUGAAGUUUCUCUCUAGGCAUAUUGAGUAAUAUAAAGUUUUGUUUCAAAAUUAUUAUUUUUCCUUCAAAAACUUGCAGAUUUAGAUACAGUACAUAAGGCAUGCAUGUAUUUUUCUAUGUAGUGGACUAUGAUCAGGUACUUCUAUGUAGUGAACUAUGAUCAGGUACUUCUAUGUAGUGGACUAUGAUCAGGUACUUCUAUGUAGUGAACUAUGAUCAGGUAUGUAGUGAACUAUGAUCAGGUACUUCUAUGUAGUGAACUAUGAUCAGGUACUUCUAUGUAGUGAACUAUGAUCAGGUACUUCUAUGUAGUGAACUAUGAUCAGGUACUUCUAUGUAGUGGACUAUGAUCAGGUACUUCUAUGUAGUGAACUAUGAUCAGGUAUGUAGUGAACUAUGAUCAGGUACUUCUAUGUAGUGAACUAUGAUCAGGUACUUCUAUGUAGUGAACUAUGAUCAGGUAUGUAGUGAACUAUGAUCAGGUACUUCUAUGUAGUGGACUAUGAUCAGGUACUUCUAUGUAGUGAGCUAUGAUCAGGUACUUCUAUGUAGUGAACUAUGAUCAGGUACUUCUAUGUAGUGAACUAUGAUCAGGUACUUCUAUGUAGUGAACUAUGAUCAGGUACUUCUAUGUAGUGAACUAUGAUCACGUACUUCUAUGUAGUGAACUAUGAUCAGGUACUUCUAUGUAGUGAACUAUGAUCAGGUACUUCUAUGUAGUGAACUAUGAUCAGGUACUUCUAUGUAGUGAACUAUGAUCAGGUACUUCUAUGUAGUGAACUAUGAUCACGUACUUCUAUGUAGUGAACUAUGAUCACGUACUUCUAUGUAGUGAACUAUGAUCAGGUACUUCUAUGUAGUGAACUAUGAUCAGGUACUUCUAUGUAGUGAACUAUGAUCAGGUACUUCUAUGUAGUGAACUAUGAUCACGUACUUCUAUGUAGUGAACU